AUGGUCAACCUGUCGAACCCCCCUGAUGGCAUCUGGGGUUAUCAUGGCAAUAGCCUGACCAUUCGGGUGCUGAUGAUUGUCUUCUCGUCCAUCGCAUUGUACAAUGCCAUCGAAUUGUUUAUACUUUUGUUUCUGACCUUCACCCACUACCGUGGCCUUUAUUUUUGGGCACUUUUGCUCUCCGUCGUCCUUGGGGUUAUUCCACAUGCCAUUGCCUACCUCCUGGAAUUCUUCUCUCUUGCCCCGCUAUGGCUGUCCCUCACAUUAUCCACAAUUGGUUUCUACGUCAUGGUCCCGGGCCAGUCGGUUGUCCUCUAUUCCCGCCUUCACCUUGUGGUGCAAAACCCGCGCAUCCUCCGUUUUGUGCUGUGGCUCAUCAUCGUUGACGCGGUUCUCCUCUUGAUCCCAACCACUGUCCUGACCUUCUCCACGGCCUACGUGAAAACGCCCGAGUUUUUCCGCGGAUACAAUGUCAUGGAGCGCAUGCAGCUGGCAUGGUUCUGUGUCCAGGAGAUCGUCAUCUCAAGCAUCUACAUCUCGGAGACGGUCAAAUUGCUCAACAUGAUGCCGGACAAGGACAGGCGACGAACCAAGAUCAUGUACGAGCUGCUUACCAUCAACUUCGUCAUAAUUCUACUGGACAUUGCUCUACUGGUGGUCGAAUAUGUCGGCCUCUAUCCCCUACAAACGACUUUGAAGCCCAUGGUCUACAGUAUCAAGUUGAAGCUCGAGUUCGGUGUGCUCGGCAAACUGGUGGCUCUCGUCCAAACCCAUCGCUCGCAACCAACAUCCUCUGAGCAGGAAGAGUACCCCGUCUUUGUGGAUCCGACUCAACUCACCUCCGAUGUCACGCACGCUGCUCCGAUGGAAUCACGCGCCCCACGGGGCAUGCCCGCAUGGAACACAGUGUCUAUGGAAAGCUUGUCCACGUCGGAACGCAGGAUUCGCGCGCCUACGCACUCGAACGAAGACAUGCACCCAUCCUGA